UCAAGGCGUCAUCUCGAGUCUGCCUUGGUGGCCAGUGCUCUGAUUGAGUCUGGCCUCAGGCCUGUUUUCCGUUUCACUCGCGUUCGCUUUGUGCGCUGUUGUCGUCCCCCCAACUACUCGAGAUGUCACAAUCUUCCACUAGCACCUGUUGAAAAAGCAGCCUCGCCUCCGAAUGAAGCGCUGAACCGCUGUCCUUCGUUAGAGGGAGACGCUGACAUCACGACGUCUGUGUCUGGUCGCUACUAUGAUCCCAGCAGCACUUCGGCCACCAAAACGGAGAUAGACGGAGAUACGCUGAAACUGGAUUUAAUAUCCACUACAGAUGGUCAACAAAGGUUGCUUAAUCGUCCUUCCAAAUGGCGCCUUGGUAUGCCAAUUACCUGCCUGCGCUACAUGCCGCCAAACCUUGCCUGGGUAAUCGGUUGUACACCACAUGGGGAUGUAUUUGCAUUUCGCCCUCAGUGUGAGGGCUUUGAGACUCUUUUUAAAGAGCCACAGCAGACAUAUUGUCUGGAUAUAUCCCCAGAUGGACGGGAGUUGACAACUGGUGGCUCUGAUCAUGUUAUUAGAAUUUACAAUUUACAUCCUUCAUGCGUGACUGGUUUCCCUAGCGAUCAAGAUCUGCAACCACUUAAGUGCGAUGCUGCGGAGAAACAAGCUCGUCUGUCAACUGGCUCACUGAUUUCAAACAGUUGUAACCCUUAUCGUUUGCCACCAGGACCUGCAACCUUUCUAGGCGGUCGGCCAGACCAGCUCCUAGAUUCAUCCUCACGUAUCUAUUCCUCCCCUUUAAACGACUGCUUUUCUAAUCGCUCGCCUGGCGGAAUUGGCCACUACGUGGACCCCUGUUGGCCUGAACCAGUGGCCUAUGCACCGGGCGGAGGAGCGUCUGGGAGACGGACUGGUGGCGCAGGGAUGUGUGGUGCUGCAUUACUACCUUAUAAAGCCACGGGGCCUGCAGACAAUCUCACUAAUGGGCACUCGAUGCGUAUAACUUGUUUACGCUAUCAUCCAACCCGAGCAAACCUCUUAGUCAGUGCAGGAUGGGACAAUAUGGUCAAGAUAUGGGACACAAGAUUGCGCGAUGGUCCAAUGUGGCAAAUUUAUGGCCCCCAUGUAGCCAGUCCAGAUGGUCUGGACAUUGACGACAACUACCUCUUAACUGCUUCCUGGCGAGCAAGUAACAGUCUCGAGGUAUGA